AUGAAUUCUCCAAGUUAUCAGCAGGAUGAUAUUGAAGUAUCAAGUGAAUUAAAUAAAAUGAGUUUAGAUAAUAUCAUGGACAUGGAUGAUUGUGAAAAAACGUCAGAAUUGGAACAAGGUUUCGGUUCAAUAGCACGUUCAACUGCAAAAGGAGCACUUUGUAUAGCUCAAAAUUUCGAAGCAUUUUCACCAUAUAUCAAAGUAUUCCUUGCGUUAGGAAGGGAUAUAAUAACAUUGUAUGAAAAGGCUGAACAUCAUAAAGAAUUAUGUAGUUCACUUUUACAAAGAUGUAAUUGCGCAAUGGCCACCGUUAAAGAUUUAUUUAUUAGAAAAACGGAAAACAAAAAUUUUUUUUCGAAGCCGGAAAAUUUACACUUAUUUCAAGAAUUUAUUGCAUGCAUAAAAAGAAUUCGAAAUUUUAUAGGGGAAAUUAGUCAAUUAAGUAAAUUUAAAAAAUUCUUCUUUACCAAUAAUAUCGGAGAAACUUUUCAAAACCUUAUAGCUGAAUUUGAUGGAUUCAUGAAUAGUUUAAAUUUUACCUUCACCAUACAAUCCAAUAAUAACUUGGCGACUAUGAAAAAUGAUAUGAAACAGAUUAUGGAGAAAUUAUCUUUUUAUGACGUACCCAAUGACAAGCAAUCUCAGCAAAACUUUUUCAAUGAUGUCAAUUCAGUAGCUGGAAGUGCCCAAGAAUUUAAGAGACAAACGAGAAAAAACAAAACUUUAGAUUCGUCGGAAGUUAAAAUCUUGGAUGAAAAUGAACCAUUACUCUCCGGUAAUCAAUAUCAAAAAACCAGCGUCUGUCCUACCAAAAAGAUUGAAAAGCGUAUUAAUGAUGGAAUUGAUUAUUCUUUCAAAGAAUUUUCUAAUACCGCUUCGGAUCAAACUCAAAUUGAAAUCAGGAGACAAGUUAACAUUCUUAAAAAAUUAAAAAAUGCUAAUCAUAUUAUAAGAUUUUUUGGUGUUGCUCAAGAAAAUUCCAAAUUUUAUUUGAUUACUGAAUGGAUGGAACAUGGAAAUUUACAAGAAUAUUAUACCAAUUUUAAAGAAAUGAUGACCUGGGUAACCAAAAUUAGAUUCGCUUUAGAUAUCUGCUGCGGUAUCUCGUAUCUUAACGAUUGUGAGAUUCUUCAUCGAGAUAUCCAGUCGGCGAAUAUUUUAAUAAACACUGAUCAAAAAGCAAAAAUAGCAAAUUUUGGUUUAAGCAGGAAAUUUUCAGAACUUACGAGGAAUAUUUCGCCAAAUAUUGAAAAUGUAAGGUAUAUGGCUCCAGAAAAACUAUCAAUAAUAGAAAAUGAUAGAAAAAAAUCGACCUCCACUACAGUUCCUCCUUAUGAUUCUAAAUGCGAAAUUUACAGUAUUGGAGCAUUAUUAUGGGAAAUUGCCGAAUUGAAAAAACCUCAUUCUGAUCUUAAUAAAUCGGACGUUCUUCUUGGUAUUAGAGAACGUGUUAAUGAUAGAUACUGCUUACCAUUUUCAGAUGAAGUGCCACCUAAAUGGAAAGCAUUAGUCAAAGAUGACUAUGCUGGGGAACCUGAAGUAACUUUAUCAAUGGAUUAUCAAAGUCCAUUGCCUUCAUCAUUUGUCACCAUUACAAUUCUUCCGAUUAGCGACGCGAUUCGUACACAUAAAUCCAAAACUGGGAAUAAGCAAUUGGCAUGGCAAAGUUUUAAAUAUCAUUCAUCAACCAAUAUUGAAGCGAAAUAUUGGCUAGGGUAUUAUUACUAUCAUCAUGGAGAAAUUAUUCCUGAAUUAAAACAAAUCGAUAAAGAAGAAAGGAUUAGAAUGUCUAUAGAAAUAUUUAAAGAAACAGCUGAUAAAGGAAAUCCUUCUGCUCAAUUGAGAUAUGGCUUAUGUUUAAUGAAUGGUGAAGGUGUUGAUGAAAAUUUUGUGGAAGCUUUUAGAUAUUUAAAAGAUUCGGCCAAUCAGGGAAAUACUACAGCUAUGUAUAUUAUUGGAAAGGCAUAUUGGAACGGUGGUGUCAUUAUACAAGAUAAGGAACAAGGCACGAAAUAUUUAAAAUGUGCUGCUCUCGAGAAUCAUCCCAAGGCUAAAGAAAUGUAUAUUAUCAUUAUGUAUAACUUUAACUUUCUUCCAAAUAAGAAAAAACGCUCAACUAAUGAUGAUCAAUCAACGAAUACGGAAAGAGAACCAAAGGUACCUCGUAUCAAUAUUCUUAGAACAGAUGAUUUAAUUAUGGAUGUCGAUGCAAACUCUACCCCAUCUCUAUCCCCAUAUCAUUCUUCUUGCCCUUCACCGUCAAAUCCUUCACCGUCAAAUCCCGUUCUCACUUACAAUGAUCAAUUUAAUUAUUGGAAUCCGCAAGAUUAUAAUAGUUUGCAAUAUUAUCAAUAUAAUCAACCAGAGAUGAAUCCUUUUUUCCCAGCUAACUAUAUGACAUCUCAGGACGAUAAUGGAGUAUCAGGUGCAUUGAAUAGAAUGACUAUCGGGGAAACAAAUGAGGCUGCAUCAGAAAUCUGUGUUACAGGAACGGUCGCAACAUUAAAAGGAGCAUGUAGUGUAGCUCAAAAUUUCGAAACGUUUAUUCCGUUUGUCACAAUAUUUCUUAAACUAGGAGAAGAGAUUAUAAAUUUAUAUGACAAAGCCAAACAUAAUAAAGAGUUAUGUGGGAUCCUAUUGCAAAGGUGUAAUGGUGCAAUGGCUGCUGUAAGGGAUUUAGAUAUGAGGAAAACGGAAAAUGCGGAAUUUUUUUCUAAACAAGAAAAUUUAAAUCUAUUUAAACAAUUCAUUAAGUGCAUGGAAAAGAUCAAGAAAUUUAUUUUACGAGUUAGCAAAUUACACAAACUUAUUAAAUACUUAUGGGCCUGCAGCAUCGAACAGGAUUUAACUAAUCUCAUAACAGAAUUUGAUGGGUAUAUGAGAAAUUUAAAUUUUUCCUUUAUUGUACAAUCUAGAGACGAGUUGGGGAUAAUAAAGGGUUAUGUAGGGCAGAUCAAGGAGUUAUUAUUCAACGUUUAUGGCGUUUCUGAUAAUAACUAUCAAGAUUUUUUGAAGAAUAUGAAUUCGAUAACCGUGAAAAACAUAGAAUUUCAAAGACAAGAAAGACAAGACAAAAGUAACGUGAUCAUUAAUUCAUCUGAGGUUAUAACGAACUUGGAAAGAAAUGAACCUUUACUUGACGGUAGACUUUAUGAUAAAGCUAUGCUUACGCGCUCAAAAAGAAUUGAAAAACGACUAUCGGUAACUAAUUGUACCGAGGUUUCAUUUAAAGAAUUUUCAAAUACCAAUGCUGCUGCUUCUUCAGAAACUGGUAAUGGACAAUCUCAUCAUCAAACCCAAACCCAAGCUCCGAUUCAAAUUGAGAUCAGAAAGCAGGUUAAUAUUCUAAAAGAAUUAAAAGAUUCUGAUCAUAUUAUAAGGUUUUUUGGCGUGGCUCAAGAAGAUUCAAAAUUUUAUUUGGUUACCGAAUGGAUGGAACAUGGAAAUUUAUUUGAAUAUUAUACCACUUUUAAGGAUAAUAUGAAUUGGGAAACCAAAAUCAGAUUUGCCUUGGAUAUUUGUCGUGGUGUCGCAUAUCUUCAUGAAUGUAAGAUCCUUCACCAUGAUAUCCAGUCGGCAAAUAUCUUAGUAAAUAAGUAUCACAAAGUUAGGAUAGCAAAUUUUGGUUUAAGCAAAAAGUUCUCGGAUAUUACUAGAAAUAUUUCACAUAAUCUAGAAAACAUAAGGUAUAUGGCACCGGAGAAAUUAUUAUUAGACAAUGAAGAAAAUAAUAAUGACUUUAAAAAGAAAAGUGUUUCUUACGAUGCAAAGUGUGAAGUUUACAGCGUUGGAGCGUUAUUGUGGGAAAUUGCUGAAUUGAAAAAACCUCAUUCGGAUCUUGAUAAAUCAGAAUUACUUGGUAGUAUUAGAAAGCGCGUAAGAGAAAGAAUUAACGAAUCAUUUUCAGAUGAUGUACCUGUUGAAUGGAGACAAAUAGUAUCUAGAGCAAUGGAAUAUUUACCAACGUGGCGUCCUAAUAUAUCUGAUAUUUGUCGUGAUUUUUACAAAUUAAAUGAACAUUAUUCCGAGUUUUAUUCCCGGAAUAAUUAUUACAUUGAAAAUACAGAGGACUAUAAAUCAUUUAAUAGCCGAAAUUAUAAAACAUCAUCAUCCGUAACUAUAAAUAUUCUAUCUGUGAACGACGCAAUUCGCGAGCACAAAUCUAAUGAUGGAAAUAGACAAUUAGCAUGGGAUAGUUUCAAAUAUCAUUCAUCAACCAAUAUUGAAGCCAAAUAUUGGUUAGGAUAUUAUUAUUAUCAUCAUGGUAAAGAUAUUCCCGAAUUACAAUCAAUUAGGGAGCCAGAAAGAAUUAAAAUGGCUGUAGAUAUAUUUAAAGAAACGGCUGAUAGAGGAAAUCCCUCUGCACAAUUGAGAUAUGGAAUAUGUUUAUGGAAAGGCGAAGGUAUUCCUGCAAAUUCUUUGGAAGCUUCUAGAUAUUUAAAAUAUGCAGCCGAUUCAGGAAAUUCGACCGCUAUGUAUAUUAUUGGAAAGGCUUAUUGGAAUGGUGGUAAUGGUAUUGGACAAGAUAAGGAACAAGGGGCUAGAUAUUUAAGAGAUGCUGCUUUGCAUGAUCAUCCUAAGGCCAUAGAAAUGUGUAAUAAAUAUAAAAUUAUGGUUUAA